AUGGAGCCUAUUCCUAACGGAAAGCCCGCCGAUGGAUCGAGUCUAGAGACGGCCGUGCCGAUGCCCACGCCCAGUCCCAUGCCCGCCGGUCCCAUGCCCGGUCUCAACCCCAGUGACCAACCCCCGGCGUACAACCCGGAGUGGACUGCCCCACCAAACGUGCAGUAUGCCCCGGUGGGUGGUGUGCCAGCCGCAGGCAACCAAGCCGCUUAUCCACCACCGGCACAAGGAGGGGGCUACCCACCGCCAGGACAAGGCGCCGCUUACCCGCCGACUCAGGGGUCUUACCCACCACCGCAAGGCUCUGCUUACCCACCGACGCAAUACCAGUACCCUGCAGGUUACAACCAACUUGGUGGCCAGACGACUGUUACCGGCACAACAACAACUUCACACAUUGUCAUCACAGCCCGUACCUGCGCCAAGUGCCAAUCCGGAGUCAUGCAAGAGCAGUUUACUGCGUGCGGGAUCUUAUGCGCCAUCUUCUUCUUCCCGUUUGGAGUGUUCUGCUGCCUGGCCAUGAGGGAAUACAGGUGUUCGCAUUGCCUUGCAACAUUGUAAACAAUUUUAAACAAGUUUAGUGGGUUCGACUCUC